CACCUCCCCAAACCCUAGCCACCAAUCCCCACCUACAUAACCCGCCCUUCCCCCUCCCCUCGCCCGCCGCCGCCUGCGCCCACCUCCGACCUCCACUCACCCCGCGUCCUCCCUCUCGCGCACAGGCACAGCUCGUCGAGGUAAGAUGUCGUCCGAGGCGGCGAAGGUGGCUGUGCCGGAGUCGGUGCUCCGCAAGCAGAAGCGCGAGGAGCAGUGGGCGGCCGACAAGAAGGAGAAGGCCCUGGUCGAGAAGAAGAAGUCCGUCGAGACCCGCAAGCUCAUCUUCACCCGCGCCAAGCAGUACGCCGAGGAGUACGAGGCGCAGGAGAAGGAGCUGGUGCAGCUUAAGCGUGAGGCCCGGUUGAAGGGUGGUUUCUAUGUCAGUCCUGAGGCAAAGCUGCUGUUUGUGAUCCGCAUCCGUGGUAUCAAUGCCAUGCACCCGAAGACCAGGAAGAUCUUGCAGCUUUUGCGUUUGAGGCAGAUCUUCAAUGGUGUGUUCCUGAAGGUCAACAAGGCUACCAUUAACAUGCUGCGCAGGGUUGAGCCUUAUGUUGCAUAUGGGUACCCGAACUUGAAGAGCGUCAGGGAGCUGAUCUACAAGCGGGGCUAUGGAAAACUCAACAAGCAGAGGAUUCCUCUGUCAAACAACCAAGUCAUUGAGGAAGGCUUGGGUAAGCACAACAUCAUCUGCAUUGAGGAUCUUGUUCAUGAGAUCAUGACUGUUGGCCCGCACUUCAAGGAGGCGAACAACUUCCUUUGGCCCUUCAAGUUGAAGGCACCACUGGGAGGUCUGAAGAAGAAGAGAAACCACUAUGUUGAGGGUGGUGACGCCGGUAACCGUGAGAACUACAUCAAUGAGCUCAUCAAAAGGAUGAACUAGGUUCACGAGCAUAUUGUAGUGGGCCCUUUGGAAGGAGACAUUCUGUGCUAUCCUAUUUUACAUUAGGAAGAUGGAUUGUGGAUGAAUAUGCAUGCAAUUUUGAUGUUUGGAACUAGGUGUGUAUGGAAGAAAUCUGACCUUUUAAUUGGGAGGUUUGGAAUUUUAUUUAAUGUCUUUCGCAUCCUGAGGUGUGAAUAUUGCUCGAGUGGCCAGUUUGAAAAAUUAUCUGCAAACUGGCUUAGCUUA